UUUUUUUUUACAAAUCCGAAAAGAUCAGAAUCUUCAAUCGUGGUGACGGGUAUUUACCCGAUUCCCUGAAUCCGAUCCCAUUCAUUACAAUACAACUAUCCCCCAACCAUCAUUUCGCUGAAAUUGAUAAGAGUUUACGAGAGGAUCAAUCAAAAUCAAAAUCAAAGAUCAGGAAUUAGAAAUACAACAGAUCAACAAAUAAAGAGUGUGCCGACGUAUAUGAUAGUGGUGCACCCAUGUUAUAAAAAUCCUAGAUCCGCCUCUGGCCCGGACACCUCAUUAACAAAAAAGAAUGAAAUGCACUUGAAUAGAGCUGAAUGGAUACAUUGGAUGAUUCACAGUCGACUCCAGCUGAUUGAGACAGUUGAUUCAUUGAGCUGUCUUAGAGAAAAGUUCAAGCUUAAGGCAUUGUCGGAAGAAUCUUUUCUUUGAAGAACCUCUAAGAGCUUCAACAUUGGAUGGACCAAGGGGACCCUCGAAAUUGUUUAUUGAAAUUGGCUACUUGAAAUUUGGGAAUAAUGCAUUGAAGUUGAUGUUUAUUAGUUGUGUGCUUGUUUAAGGAAAAUGGUGAAGUUGACUAUGAUUGCUCGUGUAACUGAUGGCCUUCCUCUAGCUGAGGGGCUGGAUGAUAGCCGCGAUGUUCCAGAUGCAGAUUUCUACAAACAGCAAGCCAAGUCCUUAUUCAAGAACCUCUCUAUGGGCCAGAUUGAGGCAUCAAGGAUGUCCGUCGAAACCGGACCUUAUAUUUUCCAUUAUAUCAUUGAAGGGCACGUUUGUUAUCUGACUAUGUGUGAUCGCUCUUAUCCAAAGAAACUUGCCUUUCAGUACCUGGAAGACCUUAAGAAUGAGUUUGAGCGUGUCAAUAGGAGUCAAAUUGAAACUGCUGCUAGACCUUAUGCCUUUAUCAAAUUUGAUACAUUCAUACAGAAGACGAAGAAACUGUACCAGGAUACCGGAACUCAGCGCAAUAUUUCGAAGUUGAGUGAUGAACUUUAUGAAGUUCAUCAGAUAAUGACUCGAAAUGUACAAGACGUUCUUGGUGUCGGUGAAAAAUUGGACCAGGUCAGUCAGAUGUCCAGCCGCUUGACAUCAGAAUCCCGCAUAUAUGCUGAUAAGGCGAGAGAUUUAAAUCGUCAGGCUUUGAUUCGGAAAUGGGCUCCUGUUGCUGUUGUCAUUGGAGUUGUUAGUCUCCUCUUCUGGGUUAAAAAUAAGAUCUGGUGAUGCUGCCAGAAGAUGUACAGCUUAGUGGAGAUGUUACUUUCACAUUGGACAGUGCACAACUGACAUAAACACAAUGGUGUUUGUUUUUCUGCGCAUGGGACAAGUCCAGCAGUUUCAGUUGAAAAUGUAAAACAGAUGAAGUAAACCAUGACGAGCCAUGUGGCUGAUACUUGAGAAAUGAUAUUGAUAUGAUUAUAUGAACUGCUCAGCAUGUUUUUUCUUAUUACUCAACCACAAACUUGCCCUCCAAUAGGUUAUUGUAACUCUCAAGUGACGACUAGCUAUGCUGUAAAUUACAGUGGAGGCCUCAUAGUCUGCUAUUUUGAUUUGUUUCGUAGAAAUGCAUGAUCAUGAUUUCUGAAGAUUAUAAAGAGGUUCUUUCUAUCUCAA